GAUUCUCGCGACGCACGCGACCGUUAAUCUGCUGUGGAAGCUGAAGUGGUUCUACUACUCGUGCCGCUACGUCUAUCUACUCCUGCGCCACAUGUACCGCAUCUACGGCCUGCAGCUGCUGCUGGAGGACACCUGGAAGCGCAUACGCUUCCCCGACAUCCUGCGCGUCUUCUGGCUAACGCGCAUGACGGCGCAAGCAGUCAUCCUAGUGUACGUAGUGCGCGUGGUUCGCUCGGAAAGCGGCCUGCAGCUCGGCUGGGACUUGUUUUGGGACUUGACCAGCAACUUGAUCAUCAGCGGCUGCGAUUCGAUGCUCACCGUGUUGGGAAUGAGCGCAGUUAUCUCGUCACUCGCGCAUUACUUGGGACUUAGCAUCCUAGCGUUCAUCGGCUCAACCGAGGAGGAGGAUAAGCGGCUGGGGUUUGUCGCGCCAGUGCUGUUCUUCAUCCUUGCUUUGCAGACGGGANUAAGCGGACUGGAUCCCGAAGAGCGACUGAUCCGGCUUAGCCGGAAUAUGUGCCUUCUGCUAACUGCGAUUCUGCAUUUCAUCCACGGAAUGACGGAUCCGGUGCUAAUGUCGCUAAGCGCCUCGCACGUCUCCUCAGUGCGCAGGCAUGUUCCCGUGCUGCUGGUGUCGCUAGUCCUCUUCGCUCUCCCCGUCCUGCUUAGCUAUGUUCUGUGGCAUCACUACGUGCUAAACACGUGGCUCUUCGCCGUCACCGCGUUCUGCGUGGAGCUCUGUCUCAAAGUCCUCGUCUCGCUCACCGUCUACGCUCUAUUCAUGAUCGACGGCUUCUACAACGUGCUCUGGGAGAAGCUGGACGACUAUGUCUACUACGUGCGCUCCACCGGCAACAUCGUCGAGUUCGUCUUCGGCGUGAUCAUGUUCGGAAACGGCGCGUAUACGAUGAUGUUCGAGUCGGGAAGUAAAAUCCGCGCGUGCAUGAUGUGCCUGCACGCGUAUUUCAACAUCUACCUGCAGGCGAGGAACGGCUGGAAGACGUUUAUCAACCGUCGCACCGCCGUCAAGAAGAUCAACUCGCUCCCGGAGGUCAAAGGCACGCGGCUGAGGGAGAUCGAGGACGUUUGCGCGAUCUGCUAUCAGGAGUUCGCCGCGUCCGCGCGCAUUACGCCGUGCCACCACUACUUCCACGCGCUGUGUUUACGCAAAUGGCUGUAUAUUCAAGACACGUGUCCCAUGUGCCACCAGCGCGUCUACAUCGAGGACGACGGACACGAGCACUCUGCAUUCUCCAAUAACAACGGCUACGUCGCGCCGGGGCAGGAGAGGGCGGAGUUUGAGGAAGAAGAGGGCGGGGCUGAUGUGGGUGGAGCCGCCGGAGGGGCGGAGCCUGAAAACGAGCUUCUGGAGGACAACGACAGCAUCGAGUACGACGAGGAGUGGGGGACGCAGCCGGGCGUGACGCUCGUAGAGGAAGAGUACAUUAACGACGACACGGACUCCAACUGAAGGAUGUUUAAAUUAAAAACGAUUGCGAGAUCAGGGACGUUAUGCUUUUGUUUGUGUGUGUGUGUGUGUGUGUGUGUGUUCGGAUAAAAGGGCUGAUCUUGUGUUGUUCCUGAAACGCUCUUGACCAUGUUUGGCUGAACGAUAAAGAGUAGGGUUGCAAAACGAUGAAUCGUGAUUAAUCGAUUCAAAAUAAAAGUUAUGUUUACAUACUAUAUG